AUGACGAAGGCCGUCCGGGACCACCUGCUGAACGCUCUGGAGGACCUGGACCAGGUCCAAUUCAAGCGGUUCAAGUGGAGACUCGGAGGGUUCGACCUCGGGAAGCGCCGCAUCCCCAGAGGGCUCCUGGAGCCGGCGGGCGCCUUGGACCUCAGCGAUCUCCUGCUCAGCUUCUACCGGGAGGAUGGCGCCGUAACGGUGACGGCCGCGGUGCUGGAAGCCAUCAACUGCAGGCGCCAGGCGGAGGGGCUCCUCAGCGCCACCCGGGACGGAAUACAGCCCAGCGACCCCCUUUUCUCUACCCUGAAGAGGCCAAGGGAGCCCUGCACCGAUAAAUAG